AUGAAGUUCUCUGGAUUACCAAAUUGUGGAUGGGCAAACGGAGCAGUUUGUUGCGCUGGAUACGUUUGGAAUAAACCUCUAAAGAAAUGUACACCGUGCGAUAUCGGGUUUUAUGGACCUAACUGCUCUUGGCCAUGUCCAUAUCCUACAUUUGGGAAGGACUGUCAGUUUAUUUGUAACUGCAGUAUACAUUAUUGUCAUCGUCAGCAUGGUUGUGGAGAAUGUGAAAAAGUUUGUGAAGCUGGUCUGUACGGAUGUAACUGUGAAAACCCUUGCCAAUAUCCAAACUAUGGAGAACAAUGUCGAAGAAAUUGUGAAUGCAAACAGCAGCUGUGUAAUGCGACAACGGGGUGCAAAGACAACAAUGGAACUAAAGUAGCAUCCACAUCAACAACUGUAAAGAAUAUCCAAGUUAAUGAGCACACAGUAGCUGUUGAACCUUCCACACUAAGAAGUACAGAUUCGUCAUCACCUGUAAGUCCGUUAACGAUAACCGACACGUAUCCAUUGAAUAAAGCUGAUGAACAUUUAAGUAAGCAUCAUACAAAAUUGUCUUGAUUCCAUAUUUUUAUUUCUGGAAAACAAGCCCGCAAACAUCAUGUACCCUUGAUUAAGAAAUUUUGAUUAAUGGUGGUAUAAUUUCCGCUGGGAAGUGAGUAUAUAAAUUCUACUAAAUAUUAUGCGGAUUCAAAGGGUGUAUGCAAUGUUUGUGACUGGGCCAAUCAUACAUAUGAAUAGUUUCCUCCUUUUAGAUGAACUAGAUGUAGAGAGUAACUCUUGCAGUGGAGAGGUGAAUGUUCCCACUGGAAAGGGUAACACAACAACUUUGAAAUAUGCCAUUCUUGGACUUGGAAUGGUCUGCUGUGUAUUUCAGAUCUUCUACAUAGGCCUAUGCAUUGUUGUCCACAGAUAUAGACCGAAAUUUAGGAAUAACCACGGACACGAAAGACAAAUGGGUGUCUAAAUUGGAAGGGAAACAUUCAUAAGGAAAUUGCGGAAACUGUUUCAAUGACAUAUUCACGAUAUCUGAUGCAUUUCUCAUAAAGUUUGAAAACACAGAAAUGAUCAAAUUGAACGUUACAUGGACUUUAC